AACGCCAAAUCCUUAUUUCUCUGCCACAAAUCCCCAUCUCAUAUAAACAGAAAGGCACGACACUCUUCUCAGUUUCCACUUCAAAGUUCAAAGCCAGCCUACACCAAUUUGUUGUUCUCUCUGAAAUGCUGACAGAAGCUCAAGCCUUCUCAUGGACUCUAUCAUAACUAACCGCCCUUUCAUUCUCAGCUCCUUAAACCCACACACAAAACCCUUCACUUCCCACUUCAACAAUCUCAGAAAGUCUUUGGUUUGUUUCUCUCACAGACCAAACUCGAACCCCAGGAACUCAAGAUGGCCAAAGCCCUUGUCUUUCCGCAAGUUCCCCUUAAACCCUAUCUGGGUUUUGGUCCCUGUCCUCCAGAGCCUCAGGGUUUUAGCUUCUUCAGGGACCCGGAAAUGGGCUUCAGGGAGUCGGGGUUUUAGCUUCUUACAGAACAAUGGGAUUGGGAUAGCUUUAAUGAGUGUGACAACUACUGCCAAGGUAAAGAUUAGUCCUUUUGUGGCGCAGUUGGCUGCGAAUCCGACAUUUGUGUCCGGCAUGUUUGCUUGGUUUGUGGCGCAGUCGAUGAAAGUGGUGUUGAAUUUCUUUGUGGAGAAGAAGUGGGAUUUGAGGAUACUGUGUGCUUCUGGAGGAAUGCCUUCGUCUCAUUCGGCUCUGUGUACGGCUUUGACGACCUCUGUGGCGCUUUGUCAUGGUGUUGCGGAUUCGUUGUUUCCGGUUUGUUUGGGGUUUAGUCUCAUUGUUAUGUAUGAUGCUAUUGGGGUUAGGAGACAUGCUGGCAUGCAAGCUGAGGUGCUGAAUAUAGUUGUAGAGUACUUAUUCCAAGGGCAUCCGAUCAGCCAAAAGAAGCUCAAGGAACUCCUUGGUCACACCCCAUCCCAGGUACUUGCUGGAGCUGUCCUCGGCAUUGUGGUCGCUUGUGUUUGUUGCCAGAGUAGCUUGGUAGCUGCUUAAACAAUCUCACAAUACGUUGCUGUUGAUUUUGGUCAACAUUGUGUUGACACACACCAUUAGACCUGUCUAGAUUCUACUGUAACAUGAAGUUUGAAUGGGAAAGAAAUUGAUACAAGAAUGCUCUUUUGCUCAUUUCCAAGUUAACCACUGAUUUUGGAAAUGUAUAUAAGUAUCAGGGGACUAUACUUCAGUCCAUGAAUGAAACAAAUUUCAGGACCCUUAUGUUUUAUAUUUGUAUCUCUUGAAGCCAAAUUUCAUAGUUGUAGAGUUAACCCGAAAAGGCUGAGAAAAAAUUAGUGUAGAACUGUAUAUGUGCCUA